CCCCGUUGUUUCCAUUUUCCACCACUAAACACAAUACAACAUGUCUGCUAACGACCAAUGGCAAAGAUUUGCCAGAGAUAUGCAAAAGAGAGCGCAACAAGCCAGCGGUUCCGGCGGUCCUAAGAUGCCAAAGAACCCGUUGGGAAUGCUUGCUGGUGCCGGUGGGUUGAUUGCUCUCGGUGGGUUGGCCUUGAUCGGCCAAAAUGCGUUGUUCAACGUUGACGGUGGGCAGAGAGCGCUCAUCUAUAGUCGUGUUGGCGGUAUUCAGCCAACCAUCUUGAACGAAGGAACCCACUUCGUCAUCCCGUGGUUGCAGACCCCAAUUAUCUACGACGUCAGAGCCAAGCCAAGAAACGUCGCCUCUUUGACUGGUACCAAGGAUUUACAGAUGGUUAACAUCACUUGCCGUGUGUUAUCGAAGCCAAACAUCUUGGAAUUGCCAACCAUCUACAGAACCUUGGGUGCCGACUACGACGAAAGAGUGUUGCCAUCUAUUGUCAACGAGGUUUUGAAGUCUGUGGUUGCCCAGUUCAACGCUUCCCAGUUGAUCACCCAGAGAGAAAAGGUCUCCCGCUUAGUGCGCGACAACUUGCUCCGUAGAGCUGCAAAGUUCAACAUUAUGUUGGACGAUGUCUCCAUCACCUACAUGACCUUCUCCCCCGAAUUCACCGCCGCUGUCGAGGCGAAGCAAAUCGCCCAACAGGACGCUCAGAGAGCUGCCUUCAUUGUCGACAAGGCCAGACAGGAGAAGCAAGCCACUGUUGUCAAGGCUCAGGGUGAAGCCAAGUCCGCAGAGUUGAUUGGUGAGGCGAUCAAGAAGUCUAAGGAUUACGUUGAAUUGAGAAGAUUGGACACCGCUAGAGAAAUCGCUUCGAUCUUGGCCCAAUCACCAAACAAGAUCUUGUUGGACAACGAAACCUUGUUGUUGAACACCGUCAGCGAUAGUCGUAAGUGAGUAGCCGUAUCAUGCCUGGCCCUGUUUGUAUAUAUUCCUCAAUUUUAUGCUUCAUGAUUUAAACACGUUGCUAGGUUAUCAUGCACAUUUUUUGUGUUUUCUUCUAACUUAGAGAGACUGCUGUCAGGUGUCUAAUGGAGAAUAAAUGUAUAUUUGAAGGUCGUG